AUGACCAAAUUAAUUAAUUUUGCAUACUUGUUUGUAUUUUACUUCCUAAUAUUUGCACCAAAAUGCUAUACAAAUGAUAUAUUAGGAUGUGGAGGAUUCGUUAAAAGCCACGCCAGCUUGGAUUUUUCUAAAAUUGAAAUCGGCCUAUAUACCAAAGAAGGGAGUCUCAAAGAAAAAACUGAAUGUGCACCUACUAAUGGAUACUACUUUUUGCCCUUGUAUGAAAAGGGUGAAUAUAUUUUGAAGAUACAUCCACCUGCUGGAUGGAGUUUUGAGCCUUCUGAAGUAGAACUAAAUAUAGAUGGUGAAACUGAUCAAUGUUCCACUGGACAUGAUAUCAACUUUGCAUUCAAUGGUUUUGGUAUUACUGGUAGAGUGAUUACUGCAGGUCAAAAGCAAGGUCCUAGUGGGAUAAAUGUACAGUUAAUCAAUGAGAAUGGGGAUGUAAGGAAUACAGUGACAACUGUGGGUGGUGAUUUUCAUUUUACCCCAGUUAUUCCUGGCAAAUAUGUAGUAAAGGCCUCCCACUCCAAGUGGAAGUUAGAUCCUGCUCAAACAGUAGUUCAAGUUAAAGAAGGUAAUACAGCAUUGCCAGCUGGAUCUCUCACUGUGAAGGGAUAUGAUGUUUCGGGAUCCAUUACUUCCUUUGGCAGUCCUAUCAGUGGCAUAUAUGUCUUGUUGUACUCUAAAGAGGAAAAACAAAAAUUCAAAGUAGAAGGUUGCAAAACUGCACUUCUCCAGGGAGUUCCAGAUGCGCCCAUCUGUUACUCAGUAACAGAUAGUGGAGGAGAGUUCCACUUUGGUCUUGUUCCAGCUGGGGAAUAUAAUCUCCUGGCUUUGUCCAAAUCACCAGGACAAGCUCAUAUAAGUUAUAACAUCAAACCAAAUGGUGUACCAUUCAGUGUUCAACAUGAUAGCCUGUAUAUCAAGAAUGCAUUUGAGAUUAAUGGAUUCACAGUAAUUGGGUCAGUUCUCUCAAGCCCAGCAGGUGAUGGUAUGUCUGGUGUUAGAGUUCUGUUGAAUGGGGAGCCAGUAGCCACUUCUGAUGCUAGUGGAAAAUUUACAUUGACUGGACUUAAACCUGCUACUUAUGUUCUUAAUUUUGAGCAUGACAAGAGCCAAUUCGAGGAAGUGCAAGUGACAGUGACGAGCGCGGGCGUGGCGGGCGCCGUGCGCGCGGCGGCGGCGCGCUGGCGCGUGUGCGGCGCGCUAGCGCCGCCCGAGCCGCGCGCGCUCGCCGUGCUGCCCGGCGACCUCGCCGUGCUCGCGGGCCACGACGGUAAAUGGUGCACAUUCCUGGCUCCCGGCACCUACACCGUUAAAGUGGAAGUUAGUGAACAAGAGCAGAGGGAAGGAUUACAGUACUUCCCCGCGUCGCGCAGCGUGGCGGUGGGCGCGGGCGGCGCGGACGGCGUGUCGUUCAGCCAGGUGCGCGCGCAGCUGCGCGGCCGCGUUACGUGCGCCGCGCCCGCGCCCUGCGCCGGCCUGCGCGUGGCGCUGCGCCCGCUCGCCGCCGACGGCCAUUACGCCGGCCCGCCCAGAUACGCGGACGUUAAAGACGGGGAGUACGUGUUCGAGGAGGUGCCGCCGGGCAGCGUGGAGGUGGCGGUGGUGGGCGGCGAGGCGCGGCUGUGCUGGGCGCAGGCGGCGCACAACGUGGCCGUGGCCGAGCCGCGCCACCGCGCGCCGCCCAUCGCGCUGCACGGCCUCGCGCUGCACGUCUCCUCCACGCACGACAUCGAGGUGGAGUACAAGAGCGGGAACAUCAGCGGCGUGCUGUCGGUGCCGGCGGGGCGCAGCCGCCAGUGCGUGCCGUUGGCGCCGCGCUACGAGCUGGCGCCGCGCGGCUGCCACCGCGUGGAGCCGCGCGCCGCCGCCGUGCGCAUGGACGCCGACGACGUGCCGAGUGUAGAAUUUGUAGCAACAGCCCACUCUAACGGUAUCGUGAUACACUCGCCCGAGCCCGCCACGGACGUGGUCCUGAAGAUCAGCGCGGACGGCCAGGAGGAGCAGCUCGUGCCGCUGCAGCCCACUCCACGAGACGAUGGAUAUGUGUACGAACAUACACUUUAUUUGGCUGAAGGCGAGGUGGCGGUGGUGACGGCGCAGUCCAACGCGCUGCUGUUCACGCCGCGCGGCGCGCAGCGCGUGGCGGGCGGCGCCACGUGCGCGGCGCGUGCGCUCGCGCUGGCGGCCGCGCGCGCACUGACGCUGAGCGGGCGCAUCGACCCGCCCGUGGCCGGCGUAGAGGUCGUGCUCGAGGGAGGCGACGUGAAGCUGACGCAAAUAACGAAGGAGGACGGCGAGUACAGGUUCGGGCCGCUGGCGGCGGACGCGCAGUACGCGGUGUCGGCGCGCAAGGAGUCGUACGCGUUCGGCGCGCGCGACGCCGCCGGCCGCAUCCCCGCGCAGCGCCUCGCGCAGAUACACGUGCUGCUGCUGGACGCCGGCACCGGCGAACCGCUCGAUGGCGCGCUCGUGUCGGUGAGCGGCGGCGCGUUCCGGCGCAACGUGGCGGCGGGCGGCGGGCGCGCGCGCUUCGCGGCGCUGCAGCCCGCGCACUACUACGUCAAGCCCAACAUGAAGGAGUUCCGCUUCGAGCCGCCGCACGCCCUGCGCGCCGUCGCCGAGGGCGGCGACUACACCGAGACCUUCAAAGGCGUGCGCGUGGCGUGGUCGGUGUUCGGGCGCGUGGUGUCGCUGAGCGGCGCGGGCGCGGCGCGCGUGGCCCUGCGGGCGCGCCCGGCGCCCUCGGCCUCCGCCCCGCCCGCCGCCUGCCCGCAGCAGGACGCCACCGCCGACCAGAAUGGGGACUUUAGAAUACGCGGUCUGCUACCGAACUGCGUGUACCAGAUUGAGCUGAAGGAGUCCUCGGAGCCCGAGCUGGCCGGCAUGGAGCUCGCGAAGGCACCGCCACUCAUCGAAAUGAAAGAGGAGGACGUGCGCGGGCUGCGGCUGGUGGCGGUGCAGGGCGCGCGUGCGACCGACGGCGGCGUGGUGGUGCGCGCGCCGCCCGAGCACGCCGCCGCGCUGCGCGUGCGCCUGGCCGGCGUGCUCACCGCGCGGCUGCCGCGCCCGAGCUCGGCGGCGGCGGGCGCGCUGCUGCCGCUGCCGCGCCUGCCCGCCGACAACGCCACGUACGCGCUGCACGUGGAGUGCACGCUCUCCAAGCUCACGCACACCUUCGAGGAGCCGGUCUUCUAUUUCAAUUCCGAUGGGAAGUUUAAGAGCUUCGAUGUGGAUUUUGUUAUCAAGGUGAAGUCGUCGGAGCAGGAGCUGCGGCAGAGCUCGGUGCUGGUGCUGCCGGCGCUGGGCGCGCUGGCGCUGCUGUACUGGCAGCGCCGCCGCCUGCCCGCGCUGCCCGCGCUGCCCCGCCCCGACCUCGUGCGCCGGCCGCGCGGCAAGAAGGCGCAA